UCAUCAGUUUCUAUGAGCGUUUGGUUGGGAACACUGACAAGUUCCAAAUAUUUUACUAAAUCUGUGAUCGCUGUCUUCCAUUUCCUUCUUAUGGCGGAUCUGUAAGCCGUCGUAGUGUAUUUAAGAAAGAUUUACUUGUGAAUAAUUUUUAACGUUAAAAUGUCGCUGAGUGCAGCGCGUCCUCUCAUCAGCGUCUUCGACGAGAAGGCAAAACCAAUCCAAGAUGCAAAUGUCGUUUUACCGGCAGUGUUCAGAGCCCCAAUAAGGCCUGAUGUUGUCUCUUUUGUACAACAGCAAGUGUCUAUGAACCAUAGGCAGCCUUACUGCGUCAGUGAAAAGGCCGGUCAUCAAACAUCUGCCGAAUCAUGGGGUACUGGUAGGGCCGUUGCACGUAUUCCACGUGUAAGAGGCGGUGGUACCCAUCGUUCAGGUCAGGGAGCUUUCGGUAACAUGUGUAGAGGAGGUCGCAUGUUCGCCCCCACCAAGCCAUGGCGCAGGUGGCACCGUAGAGUCAACAUCAACCAGAGGCGUUACGCUUUGGCUUCUGCUAUUGCUGCCAGUGGUAUUCCAGCUCUGGUUAUGAGCAAAGGACACGUAAUUGAACAAGUUCCAGAAUUCCCUCUGGUUGUUUCUGAUAAGGUUCAAGAACUCUCCAAAACUAAGGAGGCUGUUGCCUUCUUGAGGAGGAUCAAGGCUUUCGACGAUGUCAAGAAGGUCUACAAGAGCCAAAGAAUGAGGGCUGGCAAAGGUAAGAUGCGUAACCGCAGGCGUAUUCAGAGGACAGGUCCCCUUAUUGUCUACCACAAGGAUUCAGGACUCAAGAAGGCCUUCCGUAACAUCCCUGGAGUGGACCUUAUGGAUGUUGAAAAAUUGAACUUGUUGAAAUUCGCUCCUGGUGGUCAUGUAGGACGUUUUGUCAUUUGGACACAGUCUGCUUUCCAGAGAUUGGACAAACUUUUCGGCACAUACAAGACUCCAUCUGGGGAGAAGAAGGGUUACACCUUGCCCCAACCUAAAAUGGCUAACACUGACCUUUCAAGGCUCUUGAAAUCCGAUGAAAUCAGGAGUGUGCUCCGUGCUCCACAGAAGAAGAUCGUGCGCAGUGUACGUCGUCUUAACCCAUUGCGUAACACUAAGGCUAUGUUGAAACUCAAUCCAUAUGCUGCAGUUCUUAAACGCGCUGCCAUCUUAUCGGCGAAAAAGAGACAGUUGCAGAGGGAAGAACUCCUCGCAAAGAAACGUGGGAUCACCUUACCCGAAGAUCAUGCAGUCACUAAAACAGCUAAGCUGUUGGCAAGGAGGGCUGAACAAAAGAAGAAAGUUGCCAAGAAAGUGACGAAGAAGGCUCCAGUCAAAAAAGCAGCCUCAAAAAAAUAAAGAUUUUUUAAUGUUAUGAUCCUGUAAUAAAACAUGAUAAAGA